AUCUCCAUCCUUGUUACCGAUAUAUAGGCAAAUGGCCUGUUUUAAAAUUUCCUCUCAUAUCCUUGCUUUUCUUCAUAUAUUGAUGAGUUAAUAUUGUAAAUGGAGAACUGGGAUUUGCAAGCAGUAGUUGGAGGAAACAGCAGCAAUGAUCAUCCCAUUGAAAACCCAGAAUUCAGUUUUGGUCCUUGGAGUUUUCAACAAGAUGAAGAUUUUGUGCGUUUCCCUGGAAUUUUUGAAACAAACCCUAAAGUUUUAGAUGAGUUGGAGCAACUUUACAAGCCUUUUUACCCUGAUUUGAAUCCAUUUUCCACUCAAACAAUCAUUACAAGUUCAAUACCAGUCCCUUUACAUGUUGAUGAACCAGCAGAGAAACGGAAAAAGAAGCAAUCUUUUACUGUUUCUCAAUCUGAUAUUUCUGCUUCACCCAAACCUAGAAGAUUCAGGAAGAAUCAGCAGAAUAGAGUGGUAGAGCAUGUAACUGCAGAUGAUCUUCCGUCGGAUGUAUGGGCUUGGAGAAAAUAUGGGCAAAAACCCAUCAAAGGUUCACCAUUUCCAAGGAGCUAUUAUAGGUGUAGUAGCUCAAAAGGGUGUUUGGCAAGGAAACAAGUGGAGCGUAGCUCUUCGGAUCCUCGUGUUUUUAUUAUUUCCUACACGGCUGAGCACUGUCAUGGCCAUCCGACUCGGCGGAGUUCGCUGGCCGGAAGUACUAGAAGCAAACCGUUAACGGCAGCUAAAAGUAUUGAAGCUCAUGCAGAAGGUGAGACUGUGAAACAAGAGAGGAUGAAAAUGGAGGUUCAAUUACAUGGUGAAGAAGAAGGGGGUAAAAUUCUGAGCCCGGACUUAUUGUUGAGUGAUGAUGAAUUAAUUCGAAGGUUAGAGAAUUUUGAUGAAGGUUUCUUUGUAGAUCAAUUUCCCCAUUUCUCUCAUGAAAUGUAAUCCGUAUAGAGCCAUGAAUCUUAAUCCCAACCUCAAACUCCAAACUAUUUAACUUGAAUGAUCUGACCACCAAAUAUCCUGAAAACCACCCCAUCCAACAUCCUUAAUUGGUUGAUGAAUAUCAUAGUCUCAGCCAAGUAAUAAUGCAUCAACUUGUAGUUCUAUAAGAGGCAAUGUCGUUUUAGCUUUUAUAGCCUUUCGUUUUGCAUUUUCAGUUUUAUGUAAUCCAUCUUCCAAGAAGUUUGCAUAUAUCAUACUGAAAUUAAAUUAAA